CGGCGCCGGAUGAGGCUGCCGCGGCCUGGGAUGGAGUGAGGAGGCCGCCACCAGGAGACACUUCCGCGUUGCGGGAGGCCGCGCCGGGCCCGCGGGAGGUUUCCGCCGUCGAGCCGGCCAGCGCCCGUCCCGAACUUCGGCCUGAACGCGGGCGGCGCGGCCCCAUGUAAGGCGGUGCGGCUAGGCGGGCUGCGAGGCGGGCCGGGCCCUGGCAGCCGGCUGGAGAGCGACCGAGGAAGUGAACGAGGCCCCGGUGCCGGCCGUCGGGUGUCCCCGUGUGUUUGUGUGGCGCCGGGUCUCCAUGGCGCCGGCAUCGCCCUGAGGUCGUCGUCGUCGGGAUACCCUAGGCCGCGUCCUCGUCUUCGGCCGUGAGUGAGCUCGAUGCCGAGCACCUCGGACGCGGCGGCCGGCGGGAGUGGGGGAAGCCGGGGCUGGGGGAGCGGCGGCGGCAGCAGCUCGGCUGUGGAGGCAGCAGCAGACAAGAAGCGGCUGCAUCACAGGAGACGGAAGCGCUUCGCGGCCCAGCCGCAGCCUCCCCCCCCACCGCCGGCCCCUCACCCGCUGCUCUUCCCGCUCCUGCAGCCGCCCCUCCUGCAGCCCCCGCUCCUGCAGCCGCCGCUGCCGCCGCAGUCUCUGCUCUUCCUGGCGGCCACCGGCGCCUCCUCCUGCUGCGGGGACGGUGGGGAGCGGAAGCGGCCGCGGGGCAAGCGGCGCUCGGGCUCCCGGCACAAGCGGCGGAGGGGUCGCGGCGGCGGCGGCGGCGGCGCGACUCAAGAGGCGGAGAAGCGGCGCGGUAGCGGGGGGCUGAGCACGCUGGUGGAGGAGUACGACGACGUGAGCUCCCAGUCCGAAGGGCUGGUGGGCGGCGGCGCCGCCGGUGGCGGCGCGGCCAGCGGCGGGGGGAGCCCGGCCUCCUCCUCAGGCGGUGGUGCCCAGCGACAGAGGGGCGAGGCGGAGCGUAGCAGCCGGUCCCGCCGGGAGCACCGCAGCAGCAGCGGCCGCUCCAAGGAACGGCACCGGGAGCACCGCCGGCGGGGGGAAGAGAAGUCGCAGCAGGAGGGGGCGUCGGGGGGCAGAGGGGGAGCCGAGGCUUCCUCGUCUUCCAAGUCCCGCAGCCGCCACAACCACACCGGGGGUCAGGACCGAGAGGGACUCAAGAGCAGCAGCGGCAGCGACGGCCGCAGGAAGGGCUCCGUCGCCUCUCCCAGCAGUGGCAGGAAAGAACGGGAGAGCAAAGGGCACCGGAGCCGGACUAAAGCGACUAAGGAGCCACCGUCGGCUUACAAAGACCCGCCGAAGGCCUACCGAGACGACAAGCCUGAGCCCAAGGCCUACCGGCGGCAGCGAUCCUCCCCCAGCCCCGGCCGGGAUGACAGCCCGCCGCUGCACCGCUCUUCGCAGAGUCAGCGGAGCCGCAAGUCGCUCAGCCCAGUGGGCGGCCGCUCGCCUCUCAGCCCCUACAGCCGCCGCCGCUCCCCCAGCUACAGCCGGCACAGCUCCUACGAGCGUGGUGGAGAUGUGUCACCCAGCCCGUACAGCAGCUGGCGUCGGUCGCGGAGCCCCUACAGCCCCGUUAUCCGGAGAUCAGCAAAAUCUCGAAGCAGAAGUCCAUAUUCAUCAAGGCACUCAAGGUCUCGUAGCAGGCACAGGUUGUCUAGAUCCAGAAGUCGUCACUCAAGUAUUUCUCCUAGUACAUUGACUCUGAAGAGUAGCCUGGCUGCUGAGCUGAACAAAAACAAAAAAGCAAGGGCUGCAGAGGCAGCCAAGGCCAGUGCAAAAGCUUCCAAUACUUCAACACCUACCAAGGGAACCACGGAUGCUGCUGCAAGUGCACCCCAAGUGAACAAUGUAAAGGACCUGAAGAAAAUAAAAACGGAGCAUACACCUUCUCCUACAAGCAGUGCAAAUGUGAAAAAUGACAAGGCAAAAACAAAGGUCUCACUUCCUGAAACAAAAGGGGAAAAUAAUUUAAUUGCAGACAAAACUAUUAAACAGAAACCUACAGCAGUAAAAGAGAACAAAUUAACUGUUGUAAAACAGCCACCAGUCACUGUAAAAGAGAAAAGCAAACCAAGUACACCAAGUGUAGUAACCAAGGAGAAGGAUCGAAUUGUUGCACUACCAACCUCCACACUGCCACCUUUGCCUUUGCCUCCCAUGCUGCCUGAAGACAAAGAAACGGAUAGUACUUUGCGAGAAAAUGUUUCAGUGAAGUCAACUAAAGAAACAGAGAAGAAACUUCGCCAUCUGCUUGCAGACUUGCCUCUUCCACCUGAGUUGCCUGGAGGAGCUGACUUAUCUAAAAGCCCUGAGGAAAAGAAACCAGCAGUUCCGUUACACAACAAGAGAAGACCAAAAAUAUGUGGACCACGACAUGGUGAAACAAAAGAAAAAGAAAUAGACUGGGGAAAGCGCUGUGUGGAUAAAUUUGACAUCAUUGGUAUUAUUGGGGAAGGAACUUAUGGGCAAGUGUACAAAGCCAGAGAUAAAGACACAGGGGAAAUGGUGGCACUAAAGAAAGUUCGCCUGGAUAAUGAAAAGGAAGGGUUUCCAAUUACAGCUAUCCGAGAGAUUAAGAUUCUUCGACAGCUUAAUCACCAAAGCAUUAUCAACAUGAAGGAAAUAGUGACAGAUAAAGAGGAUGCUUUGGACUUCAAAAAGGACAAAGGUGCAUUUUACCUGGUAUUUGAAUAUAUGGACCAUGACUUGAUGGGACUGCUGGAAUCUGGUUUGGUUCAUUUCAAUGAAAAUCAUAUUAAGUCUUUCAUGAGACAGCUGAUGGAGGGCUUGGCCUAUUGCCAUAAGAAGAACUUUUUGCACAGAGAUAUCAAAUGUUCAAAUAUUCUACUAAAUAAUAGAGGGCAGAUAAAGCUUGCAGAUUUUGGUCUUGCUCGGCUCUACAACUCAGAAGAAAGCCGACCAUAUACCAACAAAGUUAUCACAUUAUGGUAUCGGCCUCCUGAACUUCUGCUUGGAGAAGAGAGAUACACGCCAGCUAUCGAUGUCUGGAGCUGUGGCUGUAUCCUGGGUGAACUAUUUACAAAAAAGCCAAUAUUUCAAGCAAAUCAAGAGCUUGCUCAACUGGAACUUAUAAGCCGAAUUUGUGGGAGUCCUUGUCCGGCAGUGUGGCCUGAUGUUAUAAAAUUAGCUUAUUUCAACACAAUGAAACCAAAGAAGCAAUAUCGUCGAAAACUGAGAGAAGAGUUUGCUUUCAUCCCACCAGCUGCAUUAGAUUUGUUUGACUAUAUGCUUGCUCUGGAUCCCAGCAAGCGUUGCACAGCUGAGCAAGCACUUCAGUGCGAGUUCCUGCGAGAUGUGGAACCAUCUAAAAUGCCGCCUCCAGACCUUCCUUUGUGGCAGGAUUGCCAUGAGCUGUGGAGUAAGAAACGCAGAAGACAGAAGCAGAUGGGCAUGACUGAUGACUCAACGGCAGCUAAAGUCCCUAGGAAGGAUCUGUCUCUAAGCAUGGAUGAGAGCAGAACCAACACCCCACAAGGCAUGCAAACUUCUUCCCAACUCAAAACUCAGGGCAACUCUAGUGUAGCACUUGCAAAAACAACCACUGGACAGCAGUUAAACCAGAACGAAGUGGCAAUCCUGCUAAACCUGCUACAGUCUAAGACGAGUGUUAGUUUGGCACAGUUUGCCCAAGUGUUGAAUAUUAAGGUAAACCCGGAGACUCAGCAGCAACUAAAUAAAAUAAAUCUUCCUGCUGGAAUUUUGUCAGCAGGUGAAAAACAGUCAGAACAACAGCAGCAGCCGCCACCACCUCCACCACCACCACCAGAACAGGAGCCUCUAAAACAGCCGUCAGUCGCGCAACCUCCUGUGCCACCUGCUCAGCUGAGUCAGCCUAAAGUUGAGACUGAUGCUGCCCAGGCAGCUGUGCAGAGUGCGUUUGCUGUUUUGUUGUCUCAGUUAAUAAAGGCUCAGCAAACAAAACAGAAAGAUUUUACGUUGGAGGAGAAGGAAAACGGAUCAGGAAAUGAAAUGUCAUUGCAACUCAGGCAGCCUCCAGAGCCCACCACUCCUGCAUCUGUCAGCCGGGACGAGGUGGAAUCUCCAGCACCCAGCUACCCACACCUGAUCAAGUCAUUGUAUACACCUGCAGGUCAAGAGGACUUGGUUAGGCAGUCUGAGAUGAGGCUUCUAAACCGAACACCUGAACAAGAACGCCCUCGGAUCUUGCCUCCAGACCAGCGUCCCCCAGAGCCACCAGAGCCUCCACCUCUCACUGACGAAGACCUUGAUUAUCGGACAGAGAACCAGCAUUUGCCUAUAACUAACUCUUCAGGAGCAGAUCCUCACGCGGGAGUGAAAGCAGCUCUUCUGCAGCUGCUUGCUCAGCACCAAGCUCAGGCAACAGCAGAGGAGCCAGUACAAACAAGCGUGGAUUAUCAGGCUAGAGACUCCUAUGUAACAGGCCCAGACUACAAGGAUAACUUUGGAUCAUCCGCCUUCUCAUCUGCGCAUUAUGGCAGUAGCGAUGGAAUAGGAAGUGGAUCAUCGGGAGCAUUAGAAAGGAGGAGCUUCCUUGGAAACUCAGAUAUUCAAUCUUUGGAUAACUACAGUACUGCUUCAUCUCACUCUGGUGCUCCCCCUCCUCCGUCGGCCUUUUCGGAAUCCUUUCCCAGCUCAGUAACUGGUUAUGGAGACAUUUACCUCAACACUGGCCCCAUGCUCUUUAGUGGAGAUAAAGACCAUAGGUUUGAGUACAGCCACUGCCCGAUCCCAGUUCUGGGGAGCGGUGGCGACGCUUCUGCGGGGCCAGAGACUACGCACUCUUUGCCCACAAAGAUGCACAACUACAGCUACGGAAGUAACUUACAGGAGAAUCCCAGUGGCAUCAGCCACAUGCAUGGACAGAAUUGGACUUCUCCUGCCCAAGGACCUGGCUAUUCCCAAGGAUACAGGGGACACAUUAGCACAUCCGCAGUGAGAGGGCGAGGCAGAGGAUUACCAUAUUGAUUAUCUGUUUUUCCUCAGGCACAUCAUUUUUAUCUGGAAAAACUGUUUUGUUUGGGUUUUUUGUUUUUGUUUCGUUUCCUAGCUGCAGUUUAAAGCAGCAAUUCAACAGACUUGAAUAAUGUUAAUUCAACAGCUUUAUUUUUAUGUGGAAAAGGGUCUUGCAUACAGUAGGAAAAAAUGCAAAAUGCUUAAAACUCAUGCUGUCUGAAAACUAGGUGAAUUGAUUGUACAUGUUCACAAACUCUAGUUCUGAAUUUUAUUUUGUAUUUUGGCAGUUUUAAGUGGAUGCUAAAUUUAGGGACAUCAGCUUUUUAUGGCACUCUUUCAGAUCUUCUGAACUAUGCACAUUUGUGCUUUUUUUGUAAGUUUGGACCAACUUUUAUGUAAAAAAAAAAAGGAAAAAAAAAAAAAGGAAUUUUACAACAAUCAAAGCAGGGCACUGAUUUAUUUGGUAUUUUUCUUUUUACAGAACUACCUUUAGUCAAAGGUCACUGUCAGUCUUUGCACUGCUUUCAGUGUUAUUGUGGAAGGUGUACUUUGUGCUCAUUUCAGAUAAUAAAACACAACCUUUCUCUUGAUGCAAAAUUUUAUAAAUAUUUGGUCAAUGUUAUUUUUUUUUUCUUUCAAGGAAAAAAAAAAA